AUGGAGAACGCAAAAAGGGCUUAUUUCCUAACGGUCAUCGGAAAAGAUGCAUACUCAUUGUUGAAGAAUUUGGAAUCUCCUGACUCUCCUAUAUCGUUUUCGUAUGAAUCCCUGGAAACCUUGUUUCUGAAGCAUCUACAGCCGGAUAAUUUCGAAGCUGCUGAACGAGCCAAAUUUCAUUCACUCACAUGUGGUGGAAGCCAACAUGUACGUGACUUUAUACUUCAACUUAAGACUCAAGCAUCUCGUUGCAAAUUCGGAGAUCAAUUGCAAACCCAGUUACGUGAUCGAUUAAUUGCAGCAAUUCCAAACAGUCACCAUCCCGACGAAAGCGGUUUUUCAAAAAGGGCUCGAAAACACCAAGCAACAUCAGUUCUCCGGCCCACAAUGACCAAUGGAUUCAAAGAUGGAACAAGUGCAAUUCCUGUGGUCAAAGACAUUCGCGGCUAUCCUGUAAAUUUCGAAAUGCCAAGUGUUACAAUUGCGGUAAGCUUGGCCAUAUCCAAUCUGUCUGCAAAAGUGCGAAGUCGCGUCUUACCAAACGUACGACGUCCAUUCCUCUAA